AUGGCCUCGGAUUAUGGGCGACCGCGCAUACAAUAUUCACGUCUAAAUCCUGCAAAGGAGGAAGUGCGCUUUCUCGAGAUUGAGCCUGCGAACAACAUCGACGAACAGAUCGUGUGCCGCCUCAUCACCCUGCCCCUCAGCAGGGACGUCGAAUUUAUCGCCAUAUCCUCCCUCCUCGGCGACACCACAGAGCAAGACCGAAUUAACAUAAACCGAACCACAAUCCCAGUUCCCCUCAACAUCAUCCUAGCGCUGAAGCACGUCCGCGCAGUCUUUUAUCCUGCAGUCAGCAACUCGACCGAAAACCUGGGCAGGAAGAAGCAAUCGCCAGGAUGGUUGAGGAGUCUCCUUCGACAUAUCGCAGGAAGGGAAGAUUAUGGCAGACCCAAGCUGAGGGUAUGGAUUGACUGUCUCUGCGUCAACGCCGCAGACACUAGGGAGAACACCAAGAGCAGAGUCAUCAUGUACCACGUGUACCAGCGCGCGCAGAUGGUUGUGGGUUGGGUGGGACUCAAGAUACCGCAAACAGAUCUGGGCAUUCAGCUCAUCCAAGCAUUCGACAACGCGAUGCCCGAGACGUGGCAGGAGCCUGGAGACAAAGAAAUCCAUCCCGAGCAAUAUGCGCCCCAUCACGAGUGGGCGAUUCCCAUUAUCCACUUAUUCGACGUCAACGCCGAAGCCGCAAUUGGCACCGCAGACUUCCUCAAUCGGGACUUCUUCCACCGACGAUGGAUCCUCGAAGAGAUGGCGAUGGCGCGGGUGCCGACCUUCCUCAUUGGCGACUCCAUCGUAUCGUGGAAACAGCUCUUGCGAUUGAACCUCGCGAUGGAGGAGUUCAAGGAUUACGAGUCAAAUGUCUGCCCUGCCACAACAAGGCCGCUGAUCCACGAAUUCCCAUUGGGUACCAUUCAUGCACUGUUGGACGAGUUUGAUAAGCGGAAGAAGAUGGCCAAGAUCGAAUCCAUGAACAGCAAUUCUAUCACGGGGAGUGUCACAAGCACGGACUCGACCAGCUAUCAAGACUCCAGGUGA